AUGGCGACCCGUGGGCUUUCGAUCGACGGGGUCAGAUUUCGAGAUGCCCAAGGGCGUGAAGUGACUUUUCGCGGCAUCAACGUCGCUGGAGACUGCAAACUCCCACGUCACCCAAGCCAACCCUCUCACGAAUUCGACAACUUCUUCGACGCCAAAAAUGUGUCCUUCGUGGGACGCCCUUUCACAGAGGAGGAGGCACAUAUACACUUCGCGAGAAUUAAGAGAUGGGGCUACAACCUCGUUCGGUACAUAUUCACUUGGGAAGCGCUGGAACAUGCUGGACCGGGCCAAUACGACGAGGAGUUUAUAGACCAUACCAUCAAAAUCCUGCGAAUAGCAAAGUCCUACGGACUCUAUGUCUUCAUGGAUCCUCAUCAGGAUGUCUGGUCCAGGUUUACCGGCGGGUCUGGCGCACCUCUUUGGACUCUGCAUGCUUGUGGGCUGGACCCAGAGACCUUUGCAGUAAAUCAAGCUGCUGUCGUUCACAAUGCUUGGCCGGAUCCCGCACAGUUUCCCAAGAUGCUAUGGCCGACAAACUACACCCGCCUGGCGACUGAGACGACGUUCACCUUGUUUUAUGCUGGCCGGGACUUUGCACCGAACGCUAUCAUAGAUGGCAAGAACAUCCAGGACUACUUGACAGACCAUUUCAUUUCAGCGUGUACACAUCUGGCCCAGAGAAUCCAUGAUGCUGGCGGUCUGGAGGACGAAUGCAUUAUUGGGUGGGAAACGAUGAAUGAGCCGCAUCGAGGUUUGAUCGGUUGGGAAGACCUUAACGCGCUGCCUGAAGACCUCAAGAUGAGGAAGGGAACAAUGCCAACCCCGUGGCAAUCCAUUCUCACAGGGGCGGGGCGUGCCACAGAAGUCGAUGUCUACGACUUUAGCACCUUUGGGUCAUACAAGAGUGGUCGGGAACUGGUGGAUCCGGAGGGAACGUCGGCGUGGCUGUCGACAGAUUUCGAUGACACACAGUACGGAUGGAAGAGAGACCCAGGCUGGAGACUGGGCGAGUGUCUAUGGGCUCAGAACGGCGUCUGGGAUCCAAGCCAAGACCAACUGUUGAAGCCUGAGUAUUUCGCGUCCAUACCCAAGUCUGGAGAGAAAUUGGACUAUCUCAAAUACACCAACAUCUAUUACAUGCAUCAUUUUCGGAAGUACAGAGAUGCUAUUCGGUCGGUACACAAGAACUGCUUGAUUUUGGUGCAGUCGGCUGUUCUUGAGAUACCUCCGAGCAUCAAAGGCACUGUCGACGAUGACACGAGACUGGUCUUUUCCACACAUUACUACGAUGGCAUCACGCUGCUCCAGAAACACUGGAACAAAUACUACAAUGUUGACGUCUUUGGCAUACUGCGCCACAAAUACUCCAAUCCUGUGUUUGCUGUUCGGCUCGGCGAGACCGCGAUUAGGAACUGUCUAAGGGACCAGUUGAAGGCGAUACGUGACGAAGGGGUGAGUUAUCUCGGAGAUCACCCAACACUUUUCACAGAGAUUGGGAUCCCCUUCGAUAUGGAUGAUAAGUACGCCUAUAAAUCCGGUGACUAUUCAAGCCAAAUCUCAGCCUUGGACGCAAACCAUUUCGCCCUGGAAGGGUCUGGGGCUCAGGGGUUUACCUUAUGGACUUACGUCGUUGAAAACAAUCAUCAAUGGGGCGACUUAUGGAAUGGCGAAGAUCUCUCCAUUGUCUCAGUCGAUGAUCCUCUCCUUCCAAGCGCCUCAACAUUGUCUGCCCUACCCUCUGCCAACCCCUCCACAGCAUCUCUGGGCCAGCAAUCAUCAAGCACCACACUGUCUGACUCGACCACAAUAAACCCAUCCAACCUCAAAGACGCACUACUAACUCCUCGGAUCGAUCAAACCCCCCAAGCCACAUCGAGCACGGCGGAGGGGACCGUGGGUUUCCGUGCCGCCGAGGCAUGGGUUCGGCCCUCUCCGAUUGCAACGGUCGGCGACGUCGUGAAUUACGGCUUCGAUCUGAAAUCCGUGACCUUCACAUUCUCCCUGACUUGCGACAGUGCAACCAAAGAAUCCGUUCCGACCGAAAUCUUCCUCCCCGAGUUCCAUUUCCCGCCCGGUAAAACGCAGGUGGAGGUCAGUGGCGGGCGAUGGAGGAUCGACGCGGUGGAUGUCGAUGGUGAAGGCAUGCAGGUUAUGAAAUGGUGGCACGGCGCCGGCGAACAGAGCAUGACCGUGAAGGGCAUGAAGAGGAAACCCGGGGCGUUCAACGAGGAGGAUGAUUCGGAAGCUGGGUAUCUGGAAACAAUGCGGGAGAGCUGCUCGGUGAUGUGA